AUGUUCGAGCAGCGUCGUAUUCGUCCACAAGCAAGUCAACACAUUACUUUUAAGGCAGCUAAUGAUAUCGCCAACAAUUUGACACACUCGAACAACUCUAAUACAAAACAGUCACAAACAAUUUCAUUUCGCUAUGACGAAAACUUAAUUCCAGUUCUCCCGAAACAAUGCCCUAUCAAACGUAUUUCGUGUCAUACUAUGCAUGAUCUACUUGCUGGCAAAUAUUCACAUACUGUUCAGGAAAUCGAGAUUUUUGAUUGCCGUUAUCGAUAUGAAUAUGAUGGUGGUCAUAUUGAUAAUGCAAUGCAUGUAUCUAGUCUUGAAGAAAUCGAUCGCCACUUCUUUACUCAGCCAAAAUUCAGACCAAAUUCAGUUUUUAUUUUCCAUUGUGAAUUUAGUGUAAAUCGCGGACCAGACUGCGCUGAAUACUUGAGGAAUACUGAUCGUCAGUUGAACUUAAAUAAGUAUCCAUUCAUUUACUAUCCGCACGUUUAUAUUCUCGAUGGCGGAUAUUCAAAUUUCUACAAAAUGUAUCCUGAAGACUGUGACGGUGGCUAUACUCCAAUGCUUGAUUCUGAGCAUUGCGAGAAUGGAGACUUGGCCCAGUCAACGACUCAGCACAGGAAAAAUUUCAAGUUAAGCAAGAACAACCAUACAUCAUCUCUCUCAUCUUUUUCUUCUUCAUUAUUUGUACUUGUACCAAACAAGCUUAAACGUUCGCCACUUUCAGCUACUCUUCCGUGUGCUUCAACACCUUCAUUAUUAACAGAAGAUUAUCAAAAUUUCCCUAAUAAUAAUGAAAAUGAAGACUGUACACAAAACCCUAGAAGGGUUAAGAAAUUUGGACGAUCUUUACAAUUUGAUUGCAGCGAAUCUAGUGAUGACGGCAAGGAAAAUAGCACUGACAGUUCAUCUCAAAAAAAUAAUGAUGAAUCUGAUUUCAAUGAUGAUUAUGAAUGCCUAUCCGAUGAUGAUAACACUAUUGAAGAUCUUUUUAGUGAUGAUGACGAUGAAAUCGAUGACCGCUUAGAAUUUGAUGUAGAAGUUGACCCUUUUAACUAG